GGCAAACAAACAAGCACCCGAUCAUUUAAAAAGACCCCUUAUGACUAGACGACUUGAUAUUUCUUUCUUACAUUCAAUAUGAUCAUCGCAAGUAACGCUAAAGAAAGUAGUAAAUCUUUGGUUUUAUAUCUAUUCAAAGUGUUGAUUCAUAAGUACAAAUGUCAACCAAAGCCUUUAAAACAUAUUGCUAUCGGCACUGCUGCUAUCAUAACACUGCUUUAUUUUAAUUUCAGAAAGCUAUCUACACCACCUAAGCAUUUGCGCCAUAUUCCCUACGUGAGUUAUGUGCGGAUGAUGAAGGGCUUUCUGACUGGAGAAUCUUUGCCAAGUAUCACUAAGCGUGUUAUUGAUCCUGUUCUUGCUAGCUCGUCACUAGGACUAUACUUGAGACCAAGCAGAAGAAUUUGGGUUGUUUGUGUAGCAGAUCCACAAAUAGCAAAGUUUGUGUACAACAAGAAUGACCUGUUUCCUAAACUCGAUUUGACUAUGUUCAAUAAAGGGACACUUAACGGAAAAUUCUCUGUUAGGGCAAACAACUUGUUCUUUUCUGUUGGCGAAGAAUGGAAAAGACAACGUCGGAUUGCCAAUCCUGCAUUUCAUAGAGCUAUGCCAAUCAAUUCGUUUGGAAGAUACGCAGAGAAUCUAAUUAAAGCCUUGGAUAAGAACUUAUCGUCAACAAACAACACUAUUGACAUGAGUGAUUUUAUUCAAAGAUAUACUUUAGAUGUUAUUGGCGACACAGGUUUUGACUUCAAGUUUGACUCUUUGCAGGAUCCCAACAAUGAAUAUGUCACAAGAUAUGAGAAAAUAGUCAAUGCUGUUCGUCAACCUUUGUUCUACUUUUUUCCUAGAUUUGAUCAAGAAUAUUUAUGGAUGUUUCCAAAGCGAAAGCAAGAGCAUGAAGAGCUGGCCUUGUUUACAGAAAAUGUUAAAGAGAUUAUUAAAAGGAAAAAAGAGACGUUAGCACAACAAAAAGUGGAUAUCGCAGGCCCUAAAGAAAAAGAUAUCUUAACUUUAUUAAUUGAAAGUGCAACUGUGGACGAUAACUCUAAUUUUACUGCUGCAGAUGAUGAAAUGCUCUUGAGUAACACGUGCGUUCUAUUCACUGCUGGUCAUGAGACAACAACAGCAUCUAUCCUUUUCUGCAUGUAUGAGUUAGCAAUCCAUGAGAACAUACAAGAAAAGACACGACAAGAAGUGCUUUCUAUUCUGGGCGAUGAUGACAAGAAUACUUUGCCUAAUGCAGAUCAGCUUUCAAACAUGAGUUAUUUGAACAUUGUAUUGAAAGAAACUGUUCGUUUACACCCACCAUCUCCUAUUAGUGCUAGUCGCAUAGCUACUCAAGACUGUACGUUGGGAGAAACAUUUGUAAAAAAAGGUACAGCAGUUGCUAUUGAUACACUUAGUCUGCAUAGACAAUCAUGGAUUGAUCCAAAUCGCUUUGACCCAGAUCGCUUCGCGCCUAAUGGAGAGGCAGAGCAAAAAGCAGGACUUGGAAUGACAUUUGCACCUUUUGGAGGAGGGCAACGUCAUUGUAUAGGAAGAAACUUUGCUUUGAAUGAGCAAAGAAUAGUCUUGUCCAUGUUAUUGAAAAAAUACAAAUGGUCUUUACCAAAAGAUUCUAUCCAUCGAAAUGGACUUGUCACAAAAGGAAUCUUCUUAUUGAGUGCAACCAACAUGGAACUGAAUUUGACACCUCGAUAUUAA